UUCGCACAUGACAGCAUCUAUUUCAUUAACCUGUGUGCCUAACUCACAGCCGAGGAUGAUUGCGCCGAGGAUGAUUGUGAUGAGGACGUGAUAUUCGAGGAGGACGAGAAGUUUGAAGGAUACCUCUUUGCAGGCCAAGAUGAUGACACCAAAGAGGAAGUCCUACUCAACGAUGUGGAUGAUGACUCUGGUUUAAUCCUAGAUGUAUCUGAUCCGUACGACGCAGUGUAUGCCAAUAUGCCUGAAGAUACCCAUAUGUUGGAGCCUGUUGAGAACUGCCCGGAAUGCAACGCGAAGAAGUUUGAGUUCGAGCCCCCCGGAUUCUGCUGCUGCAGCGGGAAGAUUAAGCUAUCCACACCUGAUACACCACCCGAGCUCAUGAGGCUGUGGUCAAGUUCAGAUGCUGAUGCUAGGCAUUUUCGUGCGAAUAGCAGAUUUUUUAAUGGGCAUUUCUCAUUCACUUCAAUGUAUUGUCAGCUUGAUCGUAUCACCACCAAUAUGAGGACCGCUGAGGUAUACACAUUUCGUGCGCAUGGCCAAAUUUACCAUAACCUUAGAUCGUUUGGUAGAGAUGGUACGGAACCAAGACACCUGGAACUUUACUUCUACGAUGACGAUCCCAGCCUUGAGUAUCGGUUCCACAAGUGCCGGCAGAAGUGCAAAGAGAUGGACAAGGAGAUGAUUCGGAAGUUGGUCGACAUCAUGCGUGAUAACCCGUACUCUAAGCAUCUCAAGAGUUUCAGGCAGAAUGAGAAUCUUGAUGACUAUCAUGUGGAGUUGAACCUUGACCAGCGGUUAGACCAGAGAACAUAUAACACGCCGCUGACAUCUAAAGUGGCCGCUAUAUGGAUAGAAGGGAGCGAGCGUCUAGGUCAAUUCAAGAAUAGUGUUCUCCUGCAUGGGAAGGAUAGGUCUUUACAUGGCAUCCGGUCAUAUCAUGGGUGUUAUGACGCACUCUCGUACCCUGUAUUUUUUCCAAGAGGUGAACUUGGGUGGCACAACAUGAUUCCAAAGGCAGGUGUUACUAUGGAAGAAGUGAAUGCCGCUCGCGAGAAUCGCUGGCAACAUGGGCAGGGCAAUGGUGAUGAUGAUCUAGGUAAUUUGUUUUUACAUAACUCAUGCAGUGUACCUUGUAGGAUGUGCAAUCACAGUCACUAAUAUAAUAUUCUUAUAUGUACAGGGUCUGCCGGAAAUCUAUGUGUGUAUGUACGUGAUUACUACUGCUACAAAUUUCAGAUGCAGCCAGGAAUAUUUAACCCAAUAUUGCAUGGCAAGCGUCUUUUCCAGCAGUUUGCAGUGGACACUUAUGUCAAGAUCGAGAGCGCUCGUUUAGACUACUUCCGUAAUAACCAGGAUCAGAUAAGGGCUGAUCUUUACCAAGGUCUUGUUGACAGUCUUCAUGCCGGCGAGGGAUGAGCAGAUGCAAUUGGCAAGCGUACUGUGCUGGGUACAUCAUUCAUCGGAGGGCCUCGGGACAUGAGGCGGCGGUACAUGGAUGCUAUGGCAUUGGUGCGAAAGUAUGGUAGACCUGAUAUAUUUCUCACGAUGACCUGCAAUCCUAAUUGGGAUGAGAUCAGGAGGGAACUUUACCCAGGCCAGAAACCACAGGAUCGUCCAGAUCUUGUUACCCGGGUCUUCAGGGCAAAACUUGAGGAGUUGAAAAGAAGUUUUCUCGAAGAUCACAUCCUUGGAGAGGUACAGGCCUACGUAGAUGUCGUUGAGUUCCAGAAGAGGGGAUUGCCGCAUGCCCAUUGGUUGCUUAUAAUGCGCAACAAGUUCAAACUCACGUGCCCCGGACAGUAUGACCUUCUUAUAUCAGUCGAGCUACCGAAUAAGAAGAAGUACCGGAGCUGUACAAGAUGGUCACCAAGCAUAUGAUGCAUGGGCCGUGCGGUUUGCUAAAUAUGAAUUGCCCAUGCACGAAGGGUCGUGGUUCAUGCAAGAACCAUUACCCGCACCCUUUCUGCGAGGCCACCUCACAAGGCAAGGAUUCUUAUCCCGUUUAUAGGCGACGUGAUGACGGGCGCAAGGAAAAAAUCCGGGGUCACGAGCUGGACAAUCAAUGGGUUGUCCCUUACAACCCUUAUUUGCUACGGUUGUUCAACUGUCAUAUCAAUGUUGAGGCAUGCAGGAGCAUUAAGUCCAUGAAAUAUUUGUUCAAAUAUAUAUACAAGGGGCAUGACCGAGCGUCCAUGGCCGUCAGAGAAUCUGCCAAGGAGGAUGAGAAUGGUAACAUCGAUGAGAUCAAGCAGUACAGGGACGCUAGGUGGGUUACUCCUCCAGAAGCGCUGUGGAGGAUAUACGGCUUUGGGUUGAGUAAGGUCCAUCGGCCCGUAAAGCAGCUGUAGCUUCAUCUACCUGCCAUGCACAUGGUCUCCUUCCAUCAACGCAAGAAGAUUAAAGACGUGGUUAACUGUCCAGGGGUCGAACGAUCAAUGCUGACGGCGUACUUCGAGGCAAAUAGGACGCACGAGAAGGCUCGUGGAAUCCUCUACCAUGAUUUCCCCCAAUAUUUUACUUGGCAAUCUAAUGGAAAAUUCUGGCAAUGGAGAAAACAUGGAAGUCGUAGCCAAAUUGAUAAAAUUGUCUUGGCUCAUCCGACUGAAGGUGAACGCUACUAUCUCCGUGUUCUCUUAAACCACGUCACUGGUGCUACCUCAUAUCAGCAUCUGAGGACGGUGGACGGUGAGUUGCAGCCAACAUUCCGGGAAGCCGCAGAAAAAAGGGGCCUGAUCGAAGAAGACAACACUUGAUGAUUGCCUCACGGAAGCCGCACUGUACCAGAUGCCGUCCUCACUACGAAGGCUAUUUGCAACAAUUUUGGUGUUUUGUGAGCCAAGUGACGUGUUUGGGCUGUGGCAGAAACAUCUAGAAGCAAUGUCAGAGGACUACAAGCGCAAUUGUCCUUUCGCAAUGGCCAUGGAACAGAUGGUGCUGAUUGACCUUAGAAAUAUGUUGCAAUCGAUGGGGAAGCAUAUAAACUCAUUCCCACUACCAAAUAUCGACGACACCUAUGACACAGCAAGCGGUGUGCCAUGUGAGAUAUUUGAGGAGUCAAUCAUAGUACCCAGUGCGGAUGAUAUGGCGCUGCCCAAGUCCUUAAACGAUGAGCAGAGGGCUGUAUAUGAUGAGAUCAUGUCCACAAUUGACACGGACGAAGGCGGCUUGUUCUUUGUGGACGGACCUGGCGGUACUGGGAAGACUUUUCUUUACUGGGCCCUGCUCGCUAAAGUACACGGCGAGAACAAGCUUGCUGUGGCGACAGCUACAUCUGGUGUUGCCGCCUCCAUCAUGCCUGGUGGAAGAACCGCCCACUCACGCUUCAAAAUACCGCUUACUAUUGAGGAUGGUGGAUGUUGUAGCUUCACGAAACAAAGUGGUACUGCCAAGCUGCUAUGGAGAACAUCUCUUAUAAUUUGGGAUGAGGCUACUAUGACAAAGAGGCAAGCGGUGGAGGCUUUUGACAAAAGCUUGAGGGAUAUAGUGG